GCCUGAGGAUGUGGCAUAUUCAAGAUCUCGAACCCUAAACUGCAUUUCAGGUAAGCCCCUUGCAAGGGCAGUUUUCUCACCUGUGAUAGGUAGAGUUGGGCCUAGCUGCUGGUUCCUCGCUAGGCUUGCCGCCCUAAGUCUGGAGCCCCGCCCCCGCGUUGCGCCUAUGCUGGAAAAAAGUUAGGCAUAGGGGCUUCACCCCAUAGGGCCCACAGCUUAGGUCUCUGCUGCCAAAGCCGCUAGCUCAGGGGUGGACGCUGGCGCUUUAAGACGCUUUGACCCCGCGGCAUCCAGGCGGGGCGGGGACAGUGCGGGCGCCACUGGCCCAGGCAAAGGACGAGUGGUAGUGCUAGGUGUCCUGCUCACCAUGCUGACUGCGCUCGCCCGGCCAGCCCUUCCUGGGCUCUCAAGGCGGCUGCCUGCCCCUACGCGGCGUCAGGACUCAUCCAGUUCGUCCGGCUCCUACCACACAGCUCCGGGUUCCCCGAUGCCCCCGGACGUUAGGCCGGACACAGAAGGCCCGGGGACUUGGCUCUGGGUGGCCCCUGGGCGGGGGGCGGGCGCGCAGCCUGUCCUGUCCGUCAGCGCCCAGAAUAGCCGCCAGCAGCAGUGCUCCGGCUCGGGUUUCCCGCGAGGCCCGGGCUCCGGCCCGCAGCUACCCCGACCCCAGCUGCGCAUGCUGCCGUCGGGGGAGAUGGAAGUCAUCUUCGGCGCGGGGCCUCUGUUUAGCCGCUCCGAUGAGGAGGAUCUGGAGGAGCAACAGCGGAUGGCGCCUGCCUUCAGCAGUCCCUUGCUGCCUGGGCCAGCAUCUCCUGCCCCUGUGUCGCCGCAGCCGCAGACCCCCGACGGGGGCUCUCGCUGGGCCACGUACCUGGAGCUGCCGCCCCGCGGGCCGAGUCCUGCUGUCUCAGGCCAGUACGAGUGUGUGGAGGUGGCACUGGAGGAGCGCACCCCGCCCGUUAGACCCCGGACAGUGCCAAAGCGUCAGAUCGAGCUGCGUCCGCGGCCUCGGAGUCCCUCGCAAGACAGUCGCGCGCCGCGUCCCCGACUGCUCCUGCGCACCGGCUCCCUGGACGAAUCUCUGAGCCGCUUGCAGGCCGCGGCGGGCCUCGUGCAGACGGCGCUGGCCAGAAAACUGGGUUCUGCGGUCCCGGCCCCCAGCAACGUCACUUGUAGGUCUACCGGGAAGGAGGAACGCACGAACCCUCAGGAACCCGCACACAGCACACGGGCGGUCCUGCAAGAGGUUAAGUCUCGGCCACCCCGCGCACACGAUAGUUCUGUCUCUACCAGAGCCCCGCGGCCUUGGCCUAGCCUCCGAGAACGAGCGAUUCGGCGCGACAAGCCGGAGCCCGGGACCGAGCCUCUGGGUCCAGUUAGUUCCAGCAUCUUUCUGCAAUCAGAAGAGAAAAUUCAGCAGGCUCACAAACAGGAACCCAAGACCCAGUUGCCCCGUGAGACUACAGACCGAACCGUACCGAGGGCACGGAGUCCCCCUUUCCAUACUAGAGGUUCCCGGGUGGUUCCCAGUAAGAUUGUGAGGCCGAGGAGCCCAUCUCCUUCGCAGCAGGCUCCAAACGGGGCUGUGCGGGGUCCUCGCUGUCCAUCUCCCGAGAACCGCUCAGAACCUCAUAGGACUGUUUGGAGAAUGAGUAGCCCAUCCUUCCCUGGAGCAUCCUGUGCGUGGGAAAAUCGGAAUGCAGCCGUCGAGGAAGACGGCAGCAGAAGGAGCCCUUCCCCUUCGCCUCGUUCCCAAUGGACUCAAGGUGUCCGUAGAGUUGAGAACCCUUGUCCCGAGGCUCCUCUGUGGAAGGUCCCUUAUUCGAUAGGCGGAGAUGCAGUAGGGCUGAGUAGGGACCCGUUUCUGCCAGCCUUGAUCCCAUGGGAGUCGCGCCAUCCUAAAGAAACGCGUAGCCCAUCGCCCCGAGAGACACGGGGUCCUAUUGUGCAGAGCUCACCCACGGUAUUUCGUCAGAAAGCUAUGAAUGGCCUAACUCAGGAGUUGGAACCGCCUACACCAUCAGCACCUGGGACGCCAGAACUCACAGAGGCGCAGCAGUGCCUGCUCACACUGGAGAAUGCGGAUAUUGCCUUCAGAGGGGGUCAGCGGUCUCCAGAUGUAGAUACAUCGGAACCGGCCCCAAAACAUCUCACAAACAUCCUGGACGACGACGUGAGCCCAGAAACUUUGAGCUCGGGAGAAGCGGCUUCUGGGCGUCCGCGCGUGACCAUUCCGCGGCCGAGAGACGUGCGCAAGAUGGUUAAGACCACUUAUGCUCCAAGCUUCCCGGCAGGACUCCCCGGCUCCGGGCUUCCCGCGCCUCCCGCUGACACUUGCGGGGAGGAGGGCGAUGCAUCCAAAUCUCACGAGCUCCCAGCGCUGGAGUCUCCCGCUCCGGCUCAUUACACUUCCAUUUUUCUCAAGGACUUUCUGCCGGUAGUACCUCAUCCCUACGAGGUUCCAGAGCCUUCACUCCAUGCAACCCCUAAGGAGGCUCCCCAGUCCAGUGGCGUCCCGAGGCGGAGGGCGGAGAACAGCACCGCGAAGCCUUUCGCACGCAGUGAGAUCCGCUUGCCUGGUGCUCUAGCCUUGGGCCGGCGGCAGGAGAAAACCCUGGGUGUCCAAGGUCGCAGUCCUGAGGGAGAAAACCCGGAUGCUGAGGCCCAGUGCCUGGUCCUGGACCGCGAGGGUCGAACCAGCCCCUUAGGAGGCACUCGCACCGCGAUCCAGUGUUGCCCUUUACGACCAGUAGGGACCGGACCACCUCGUCCCGGCUCCCCGCAGACAUGUCCGAACUCGAGCCUUGGGUCAGCACCGGAAUUGGAGACGCCGCUCGUGGCUCCUGCAACUGCCGUCCAGGCGCCCCUCCCACCGGAUCCUCAGGCGACGGCGGCCAGGACCGCCGCACCCUUCCCGAGAGCUGCCUCUGCGCCUCCCACCGACCGGCUCCCUCCUGCAUCUUCCCUGGGGAUGCGGAGACCUCCGGGACCCGCGCCCCCUGGGAAGGUCCUCGUAGACCCGGAGAGCGGUCGCUACUACUUUGUGGAGGCGCCGAGGCAGCCGAGGCUGAGGGUACUCUUCGACCCCGAGAGCGGGCAGUACGUGGAAGUGCUGCUGCCACCCUCGCCCUCUCCCUCUCGGCCCGCCCGCCAGGCCUAUGCCCCGCUGGGCGUAGGGCCGGGCCUCUACCCGCCCGCCUAUGGGCCUAUCCCUGGCUCCUCACUGUCCCCGCUGUCCCCAAACCUGCCGGCCCUUGGUAGUCUCCAGCUACCCUGGGCCUCUGAAGCUGGGCCCCUGGAGGGGAUGUACUACAUGCCCUUGAGCGGGACCCCUAGUCCGGCUCCACCGAUGUUUUUCUGUGCCCCGCCCUCCAGUUCGGGUCCCAUCCAGUCCAGCAAGGGUUCCGUGUUUCCUUUGUGAAGCUUCAGUGCCAAUCCCCAUAGAGUUGGGUUCCUUCCCUAGAAGGCUUUGGAAGUUCCAGUUUCCUGUCUCUUAACUUUUUCUCCCAUCAAUUCUUUGGCCAGUUCCAGCCAGUCACCAGACCAGAGGUGACUUUAAGAGAAUAAACCUGCUCUCUGGGCUGAUAUUGCUAGAGCAUCGUUAGCAAAUGGCUGGCUGGCUCCCCACCCC